UCUUUUUUAUAGUUUUACAUGCUUUUUUUACCUUUUAUAAUCUGAUUUUAUCCUAGUUUUUGCAAAUUGGCUAAAAAUGACGAAAACGAUCAAAUCAGACGAUGAGAAGUGUAAGACGUCUACUUCGGAAACUCAAGAAUCUUCCGGAACUGAAAUGGAGAGCAUUUUUAGUGAAAUAACUGCAAGGAGAAAUGAGGCUCUUUACAAUUAUACUCGCAAUCGCAUGCUAAACGCACAUAGAUUUAAAAAUUUUAAUCAUCGUGAUUACUCGAUGACCUCGUCGUCGUCGUCGUCGUCGUCUUCUGACGACUAUGUUGACAAUGAUAAAGCCGUAUCAAUAAAAGACGUAACUGAUGCGGCUGAAAUGAAAUUCGAAGAGGCGAUCUCGUCGCUAACAAGUGAGGAUGAUCAAACAGUUUAUACUGCUUCACAAAUCGUCCUUAAGAGUGCUACAGACACUAUGUCGGAAAAUAAUUUUGAUAAAAAAACAACAAGAUCACCUGGCAGUUCUUUGAUUCUGGACAAGCAAUGUACGUGCCGUUGUGCAAUACACAAUCCAAAUGGUCAUUGUUAUAUUGAUAUUAAAGGAGUGAACUCUAAGACUGCGAAUAUAAGAACUUCCAUAAGCAUUAAUAAUAAUAAUAAAGUUCAAAUGAAUACCCAAAAGAAUAUACAAAAGAAUGUACCGAAAAAUACACCAAAGCCACCAGAGCAAAAUGUGAAAAAUGAUGAGCCGACGAAGGUUAUAAGACAGUCUGCCUCCAACGAAGCUGUUAAAUCAUCAGAUAGUGUUUCCGAUAUUGACAAGGACCUACGUGAAAAGUUAAUGAACUUUAAAUUGGUUUUGAUUAAUCAUCGACAACAGGAGAUAAUGAAUGAAAAACUGAAAAAAAUGGAAGACUACAGGUUAAGAAAUGCUGCAGCACAGGUAAAAACACCACGUCGGGUUACUUUUGCCGAACCGGAAAGUUCUGAAUCCAGUGAGGUUAGCACAACAGAUGAUUCCGUUACAUCAAUGGAUACAGAUGAAGAGAAUUACAUACAGAAUCCUAUGGAAUCGAUUAGAGACUACGAAAAUGAAUUGCCCUAUCGGAUUUCACACACGCUUCCACUACGUGAACUUGCACCAGAUGUUCCCCAUUUAAAAAAUUUCAAUAAUGCAAAAAUGCCCGUACCAAAAAUGAGGAACAUCAGACAUCCGCGUAAGAAUGCCAGUUUUUCGAAUAAAGAACUGCGUGAAAUUGAGAGGACGAAUAAGAUUUUGCUGCAAAAAAUUGUCAGUCAAAAGCCAACGUUUACCACGAGUGGUCAGAGUUCUAAAGCUUCGGUCAGAUUUGCGUCCACAGCUUCCAUUAAUCGAAGAAAACAGCAACGUCAAAUUGAUUUGGAUAAUCAAAUAUUGAAGAGGAAAAUUGAAGCGAUAGCUGUACGAAAGCCUGUAAUACUAAAAUGAAUCAAAGAGCUUUUAAUAUAAUUCCGAAAUACGUUACUAUUGACCUAUUUUGUCUUACCUAUGUAAUAUGUUACGGAAUUAUAUUAGUAAUCUUAGAACGAUUGACAAAAUUCAUUAUUCGGAUCCUAGGGAUAUAAAUUAACGAAGCUGAAUAAUAUCAAUAUUUUUUUGAAAAUAAAAAAUGAGUUUUUAUUAAUUUUUA